ACUCGCUUCUUUUGCCUGAACUGACCGUAAUUAAAGAAGUACACGCGCACCGGAAUAUCGGCAGGCCCUCGGUUCGGAUAACGGCGGCUCACAUGACCGCAGUGGCGCUGCCUCCCUGCGCUCUUCAGCCGUGCAGGUGCCGAGUCCAAAGCGGCACACUGGCCUCGCUGCUCUGCGAAGGGGGAUAACGGCGCACCGGAGCUUCUUUUUUUUAAUUUUUUUUUUUUAAACGUGAUUUGCUGUUCCGGCAUUUGUUCAAUGCAUUUGUUUAAGUGUGAGCGUGCCAUUCGCUUAGGUCGUCGCCGGUGUGCUCAUGAUGUAGGCCGUUAAUCCCGUUGGAGGACCUAGUGGUUGGAAUCUACAGUUUUUACACCUGCAGAGAAGAAGCCAAGUGUGGGUGUCGAAAUCAAGAGGAGCUGGCUUCUGUAAUUCAUGUGCCGUUAGCGUACGCUUGGCAAGAUGAGUACAAACAGACCCAAACGGAAUAUCAUCAAAAAGAAAUAUGACAUCAGCGACGGGAUGCCGUGGUGUGAAGAACGUCUGGUCCGCAAAGUUCUCUUCCUCUCCCUCAGGGAAUUCAAAGACACGCACCGAGCCACGCACAAACACUUGCACAUACACACGCGCGCGUCCAAAAACGGUCACUUCCAGCGAAAGACGCAGGCGCUACCGAAAAUGACGCGAGCGAGACAGAGUGUGCUCGCGCCACAGCAGAGGGACACGCACAGGCCGCCGAACACCGCGCGGCACGUGCGCCUUUCAAAACAACUACAAAGCAAAGGGCAAAAAAACACCUCGUCUCAGGACUCGCACACGGCAAAAAACAAAUGCGCUCGCACGCCGCAGAACGUGCAAGCGCAAUCAAAAACGUGCGCAGGGAAAGUAGCGCACGGCGUGCAGAAAACGCGCCUACGAGGGAGUACGCGAUCGUUCCAGAGGAACUCUGCAACGACCAGGACGCUGCGUUCGCAUAAAACGCCGAACGCACGGACGCUGACGAACUCCAGAUACGCAGAGACUGCAAAACACGCGCACGAGCCCUGUGUGAGAAACACCCGCACGCCCGAGAACACGCGGGCGCCGCUGGGCCCUCCCGCCACGGCCAGGACGCUGCGGUCGCAUGCUCUCACAAGCCUCAGAGGCUCCCUGGUUAAUGGCAUCAGCCGGUGUCAGUCCGUCCUGUCGGCGAGUUGGAGCUGGUCCUUACAGACACGCCCUCAACAGCGGCGCCCUGCUAGCAUCCAUCGCCAUAAAGACGACCCCGCAAGCAAGAGACCACGGCUGCAAGCGCAGAGGAAGUUUGCCCAGUCCCCUCCCAGCUCUCCGGGACCAGCAGUUUCAACGACGCCGGCGCGAAGCAACCACGGCCACGACCUGGCCGUGGUCACCUGUCUGACCAGAAGCCGGCCCAAGACCGAGGACUUCCUGUCUUUUCUCUGUCUGAGAGAUUCAGCGGCGUUGCCUAGCAACAUGGCCUUCUUAGCGAGCGGACGAGCGAAGGAGCCAUCUGGCGCUCAGCAUCUUACCUCCUGUCUCUCCACCAAUCACAGGACUGCAGUUGAGGGGAAGACCAUGAGAAUAUUCAGUAGAACCACAGCGCAGCAAGACUUCAAGUCUCUGAGAGGGAGGCCUAGAGGCUCUGCAGCGGUCAGCUCCUUCUGCCCUCUAACCGCCCGGGCACAGAGGAGGCGCGAGAGGGAGAGGAGAGAGGAGGAGGUGGAGCAGCAGAGGAGGAGGAGGAGGGAGGGGACGAAGGAGGACAAGAGAGAGGGAGCUGAGAGACACCUGCUGAGACCACGCCAGCUCUCCCUACAUGUCAGGAGGACGAACAAGGUUGCCACGGUGUCUGGACUCUCUGAACAAAAAACCUCCUGCGUCCGGUCAGUUCCUACGUUAAAGCCCAGCACAGGAACGGGCAGCAGGCGCUCCCCAAGACCAUGCACAAGGCUUAGCAAUACCUGUGAACCAAGGAUCCAGGAAACCAACAGCAUACACCUCUCUCGGCAUAGCAGACACCAGCUGCCUCGCAAUCAGCACCUUCCUCUCCACCACCGAACGGUCUCCGACUACUAUAGCAACCCAAAGACCGUCGGUGGUCUCCAGAACUCAGGAAGACAUUCAAGCAGGAUUACGCCUUUGACUAAUGGCCCAGUCAUCAGUACGCUAAGUGAGAACCCUGGGGUCCUGAGGUCGUCCAGGAGACGGAGAGGCCUCCCACCGGACACCAGCCCCACCCUACUGAACGGAGUUCCUUCGGACGGCAGUUCAUCAAAGAAGUGCAUGACAGUGCAAUGCAAGGAUGGCCCAUCAAAGAGUGAGAUCCUGCGUAGGGAGGACAACUGUGAUACAAAUGAGAGUCACAUUGGUGAAAUCACCGGAAGCCAUAAUGACGACAUGAAACAAGACCCAUGUGGCCGUGUUGGAGAGAUGACACUAGAGAGGGGCAGUUGCGUUGAUGAAGACCUACAGGGCACGGUAAACGUUGAGGAGUUAAGUUUGACCAGCGUCUCUGCUCUGCAGCCCUCUCAAGAAAGGGCCAACCUCGCAGACAUCAUCACGAUCUGUGACCGUAGGCCCGUCAGCGAGGAUGCAUGCACGCAUGCAAGAGAAAAAAGGCUCCAGAGAAAUGUGCGCGCUUUAUCCACAACCCCCAUGCCAAUUACCAGGUCCGCUGAUCCUAGGUCUGUUGCCAGAGCUGCUGCUGCAAGGACUACUGUCACUCAAGCUGCUCUUAACUCAGUGACAACCACACACGUACGCACUGACCCUCCAGCCAGUUAUUCUGCCAAGCACACUCCUAAGGGUACUAGCAAGAACGUUACCAAGUGUGUUUCACAAGCCAGCGGUUAUUCUAUCUAUAAUUCCAAAGGUGCUGCAAAAGACACUUCCGAGAAGACCAACGGGGGCCCGACAGAAGACUGUGCACCUGUCAGUAGCCGUUCCAGCACUUCCAAGUCCUCCGUGAAGGGCCUUUCCCAGACCAAGUUUACUACCUCAGCCAUUAAGACCAGGACCAGCCCCAGAACCCGUCUGAAGCGCUAACAAACGCCUGUACUUCAAAUGGAAACGUUCACGAAUUCACUGAAUUGUGAAUUGAUGUUGAAGGAUUAGCAAGGUAUUUUAAGAAAAUUGAAAAAGCAUUGAAUACUGUUGCUCUUAUGCGCGGCAUGAUGACGGUUGUCGGCUGGUCGGAUAGUGACGCAGUCAAUGAUUGUGGGAUUGUUUUUAAUUCCAUAUGGGGGAAAUCAAUAAUUAGAUGACACGAAAUAAAGGCAGACAUGUUAUGGAUCGUUUAGUGAAAGGUUUUCAGAUGCUUCCCUGCUGUAUUUUUUUUAUUUAUCAAAGCACAUAGUUUAACUCAAGUCGGUCUGCUGUGCUGUUUUCAGUAGCUUACCUAGAAAAGCUGUCAUGCACACUGCUACUCGCCAACGCUGACAGUCCUUCCUUUUCACGUCAACGGGAAUAAUCUGUUCAGGAUGGUCUAGCUCGAUAACUUCCUCACCAUUAAUUAAAGGAUAAGUUCACCUUUAUUCAAGUCUCUCCUUAAACAGUAGUGCUCAUAUGAAUAAUGGAACCUGUUCAUACUGUCCAAUAAAAGGUCCUGUCUAAAGUCGAUUUCAAUGUAAGUGAAGGGGGACUAAAAUCCCAGUUCUGUGCAAAAAAAAAAACAACAAACAUAUCUGAAGCUAAUAUGAGGCUUCAGCAGUCUAAAGGCUUUUUCACAUCAGGGGCUUGAGUUGUCUGAACUUCAACCAAUCAUGUCGUCGGUAACGCCUAUAUUAAUUAAUUAAUCAAUUAGGUUCAGUAGCGCGAACCAAGAAAGCAACUUACAUUCCCUCUUUGUACCCUAAAAAAGGCAGCAAGGCCAUAUCCACAUAGAAUAUUUGCAGAUGUGUAUUUUACAUUAAUUUGCGCCGUUUAUUAAUAUUUUUUUGGACUGUGACUGGAUUCCUCCCACCCCCUCACUUUCAUUUGAUUCACAUUAGAAAAUGUUCUUUUUAAUGGUCAGUAUGAAAAUGAGGAAAGACUACAGCCGGCAAAAUAUUCAAUGUUCAUGUGGGCAUGCAAGUAUUGUUCUAAGAUGGACUUGAAUAAUUGUGAACCCAUCCUUUAAAAAAGUCAGGGGCACGUAAGCACAACGAAAACAUCCAGAACCAGUUUGACGGUGUAAAACCGGCAACGCAGCAGUCAUUAUAUUUACUGAUUUAUUUUAUUUUCCUCUUCCACUGAAGCCCAUAAUGCCCGGACUGUCGAACCAUUUACAAGUUGUUGUCUAUGCUUCCCUAGGGGCAGUAGGGCGAUGUGGGGGGCAUCUGUUUAAUUGAUCCUUUAUCUGACUGAGGUUUGUGCCAGUUAGAUUUCAUGGCUCUGAAAUAUAAAAAAUACAGAACCAAAAGAGUGUGGCGGUUUGCAGGUACACAAAAUGAACCAUCUCCCCUGUUAAAAAUGAACUUAUGGCCGACUGACUAUAGGGGCUCGAAGAGUGUGGAGGGGAGCCGGUAAUUGAUAUGUGACAUGCUUAUUUAAGAGUCUGUCGAUUGAUAUACAUUAGUAGAAAUAGAAGGAGACGUGUCCCCACACUGGAUAUCACUGAUACUACUGGAAUGUUGGACGGGUUUCGGACUACAUCAGGUGCUAUUAGUUUUGCUCCUGAUUUAGGGGAGGUUAAAUAGAAGUGGUAACAUGUUAUGGCUGUAUUCAAUUAAAUGAAAUGAGUAAAUACAUUGGUCAGUAUUGCACAUUUCUAAAAGUGAAGCCCUUGUCUGUAGGAUUUAAACGAAAAGUAUUUUCAACUUUAAAGUUGAUAAUUUCAUGUUCCAUGUGAUAUUUGUUUAUUUGGUAAGAUGAGUGACUUAUUUCAUCCCCAUUGGAAUAUGAACACAUGAAAGGACAAAUAUUUGUGCAGCAACAUCCAAGGCAACUGUAAAAAAAUGGAAAAAAGAAAAGUGUAUGAAUGUGACUCUUUUGAAUGAGAAUUUGCAAUAAAAACAAUUUGCAUAUUUA